AUGCUAAACAGAAGUCAAACUAAUUCGUCACCAGCAAUUCAGUACGAGAUCUCGGAACCGCCUACGGAUGCGGUAUCUGCCCUCAAAUUUGCGCCGGACGCCCCCACACGAUUUUUGGUCUCUUCUUGGGAUAAACACGUCUAUCUGUAUGAAUUAGCUGGCUCUGGUGAAGAGGGUGGAAAGCUGAUCGAGAAGUAUGAGCACCGGGCGCCAGUACUGGAUGUCUGCUUCGGAGCAGACGACAAUGAAGCUUUUACUGCGGGGAUGGAUUGGCAGGUCAAGAGGAUAAAUCUUGAGUCGGGAGAGCAAACUAUCAUGAGCGCUCAUGCUGCGCCAGUCAAGUCUGUAGUAUACAGUAAAGAGCAUUCAUUACUCAUCUCAGCAUCAUGGGACUCGACACUUCAUUUCCACGACCUCAAGCACCCAGAAAAAGAACCAGCAACCAUCAAACUCCCCGCGAAACCGCACUCCCUCUCGAUCACAGCCUCCAAACUAGUCGUCGCCAUGGCCUCCCGUCUAGUCUACAUCUACGAACUGCAAAGCACGCUCAUGCUGGCAUCCCAAGCAAACGGCGCCACGACCGAGCUGCAGCCCUGGCAGCAGCGAGAGUCGUCGCUGAAAUUCAUGACUAGAGCUGUGGCUUGCAUGCCAAACGAUGACGGAUAUGCUAGUAGCAGUAUUGAGGGUCGUGUGGCUGUCGAGUGGUUCGACCCCUCCCCGGAGUCGCAAGCACGCAAAUACGCUUUUAAAUGUCAUAGGCAACCGGAUCCGUCAGGUGAUGGAACGGAUAUCGUCUAUCCUGUCAAUGCACUGGCUUUCCACCCGGUCCAUGGGACGUUCGCUUCUGGAGGAGGAGAUGGUGUAGUUGCGCUUUGGGACGCUAAUGCGAAGAGGAGGAUUCGUCAGUAUCAGAAAUAUCCGACGAGUGUUGCGGCGUUGUGUUUUUCCAAUGAUGGGAAGUACCUUGCUGUGGGUGUUUGUCCUGGGUUUGAGAAUGAUCAGGAGGACUAUAGUGGGGAGGGAGUCACGAAGAUCUAUAUCAGGGAAUUAGGUGAGACGGAGGCAAAGGGCAAGGGACCCAAGUAA